GCAUUGGAUUGUUAAAUUAGGGAUUUGAAGAUUGGAGGAAUUUGGGAAUGGAUUUUUAAAGAGAUUAAUAACAAGAUAACAUAGGAGGUGGUGGAGUGGACGGGGAAGCCGAGAAAAGGAGGCAAAGCCGCGUAUUGGAAAUUUUGGAGCUCCAUUGAUGGUUCACGUGGCGUCUCUCAUGAUUUGAGCAAAUUGUAAUGAUGCUGAUAAUAGAAGUAGGGAUCUAUAAGAAAUGAGAUAGGGGAAAAGAGUUCCCGUAGGAUGAAGAAUCUGGUGGAGUGGUGUUGAAAUUUGAAUUUGAGACUUGUGUAAGAGAGUUGUCGGGAAUAGCUGAGGAUUAUAAGAGGAAGAGAAGGAGGAUUGUGAGAGAAGAAGAAUAAUGUCUUCUUCAAACGAUACUUCUUCUCCUUCAUCGGAUUCUGUUUCAGAUUCAAGUUUGCCGCCUGAAGCUUCGGAUUCUUCUCCUCCUCCUCCUCAUUCUCCUUCUUCUCCUCCUCCUCCUCCUCCUCCUUCACCUUCUACUCCACCGUCACCGGUGCCAGAUGGUUAUUCAUCGUUGACAAUUGAUCAAGCUAGUCCUCUGCCGUCGAUUUUUCAAUCCGCAAUUAAAGCUCCACCUAUUGAAGGUAUACUUUCGCCAUCUUCCUCACCUCCAGCUCCUCCAAAUCCUGGAACUACACCGCCAGCUCCUACUGGCGGUUCCGAUUCAAAUGAUUCCGACGAGAAUCCAUCGCCACCUCCUGAAGACUCUGCUUCGCCACCGCCGUCUCCUCCGCCGUCACCUCGUCCACCACCGCCUUCGCCACCGCCUUCUCAAGACCCGUCCGUUGAUCCUCCACCUUCCCCUGUUCCGACUACAAAAGCAUCUCCGGCACCUCCAGGAAGUCCACCUUCUAAAAUAUCUGAGAAAGAUCCCUCUACUCCCGUGGAUCAAAGCGCCAUUCAGGCUCCUAAUACACCCAAGGAGACUCCACCAUCUACACCAACGGAUCCUCUUCCUCCAUCACAAAAUCCAGUCGUGAUUCCUUCACCAGGUGCAAACCCAACGACGGGAAAACAAACUCCAAAUCCACCUCAAGGAACAAUAACUACUCCCACAUCAGAGUCUAACAUUCUUUCACCUCCCACAGCCACAUCCACUCGCACUCCAAACAACUCACCUCAUUCCUCUGACUCAACGCCAGUGAAAUCAUCAUUAGGACAAUCCAAUGCACCAUCAUCUGGUUUAAGUAGUCACACUGAUGUUGCAGUCGGUGCUGCAGUUGCUGGAGUUUUUGCAAUCGCUUUGUUUGCUGUGAUUUUUAUAUUCACAAGGAAGAAGAAAAGACGGGUAAAGAUGUAUACUGGCCCCUACAUGCCUCCAAAUAACUUCUGUGUGAAAGCAGAUGGAAAUUACUAUCCUCAACAACAUGGGGGCAACUCUGGUUCUACUGAAGGCUUCUACACUCAAGUCCCACAUACUCCCCUUGGAAAUAGCUUUGGGAGUCAAAAAGGAACAGGAUACAGUGGCAGUGGAAUGGAGUCAGGUGUGAUAAACAGUGCCAAGUUUUUCUUUAGCUAUGAAGAAUUGAUGGAGGUUACGUCUGGAUUUUCGCGUCAAAACAUUCUUGGGGAAGGUGGGUUUGGAUGUGUUUAUCAGGGUUGGCUUCCAGAAGGGAAGUCUGUGGCUGUGAAGCAACUCAAGGCAGGAAGUGGACAGGGGGAGAGAGAAUUCAAGGCGGAAGUUGAGAUCAUCAGUCGUGUUCAUCAUCGGCAUUUGGUGUCUUUAGUGGGCUAUUGCGUCUCCGAGCGUCAUAGAUUGCUCAUCUAUGAGUUUGUUCCUAAUAAGACUCUUGAGCAUCAUCUCCACGGUAAUGGAGUACCCGUGCUGGAUUGGUCCAAAAGACUCAAAAUCGCUUUAGGAUCUGCAAAGGGUUUGGCAUAUCUUCAUGAAGAUUGCCAUCCCAGAAUUAUCCACCGAGACAUCAAAUCAGCCAACAUUUUGCUGGACGACGCUUUUGAGGCGCAGGUUGCAGAUUUUGGACUUGCGAAACUGACAAACGAUACACAUACCCACGUUUCAACUCGGGUCAUGGGGACAUUUGGAUACAUGGCUCCCGAGUAUGCAUCAAGUGGGAAAUUGACAGACAGAUCAGAUGUAUUCUCGUUUGGGGUUGUGCUUCUUGAGCUUAUUACAGGUCGUAAGCCUGUUGAUCCCACUCAGCCCCUGGGGGAUGAGAGUUUGGUCGAAUGGGCUCGUCCUCACCUUCUGCACGCCCUUGAAACUGGGGAGUUUGAUGGAUUAGUAGAUCCACGCCUUGGAAAACAGUAUGUGGAAAGUGAAAUGUUCAGAAUGAUCGAAGCGGCAGCUGCCUGCGUUCGUCAUUCGGCUCCUAAAAGGCCUCGCAUGAUUCAGGUGGUGAGAGCACUAGACAUUGAAAGUGACAUGUCUGACCUCUCCAAUGGUGUCAAAUAUGGCCAAAGCACCAUGUAUGAUUCUGGGCAAUACAAUCAAGACAUUUCUAAAUUCAGAAGAAUGGCACUCGGUACAGACAGCUUCGACUACGACAGUUACAGUUCCGGAGAAAUAAAUGCAAGUCGUGAAUCGUGGAGAUUCCAAAAUAUCUCAAGUGGUGAAUUAGAAACUCAAGCUUUUAAAGGACGAGCUAGUGCACCACAAAAUCACCCUAGCGGUCGACAAUUCUAAUAUGAUGAUGCAUAAACAAGACGUAAAUAAUGUGUAAAGCUUCUUCCAUUUUUCUUUUUCUCCCAUUUUUGUCGUAGUUGUUCUCUCUCUUUUUUUAAUCAUAAACUUAUUCAUCCUUCUCGACUAAGGAGGUGGAAAAUAGUGAUUUGAAAUCUUACAUUUGAACUCCAACGAGUAAACACCAUUUGUGCUAAAUGACAUUAAUUAAAGAAAGGUUGAUGAGGGAUAUAUUCUAUUUCUGGUUA